UGAUCCGUCACGUGGUCUGAUGUCGUGGGUCACCCUUUUGCAAAAUGGAGUUGUCUGAGUCUGUGCAGAGAGGGCUCCAGUCUCUAGCCGACCCGUCCACCUUCGACCAGAACGGCUUCCAGGUGCUGAUAGACGCGUCUUUCCGGAGUCUGCUCUCCUCUCACGCCGACUCCGGAGUCCUCGAUCAGCCCGAGCUGAGGCGGAUCGACCAGAUCCUGCUGAAACAGACUCACGCUGCUGCGACCACCUUCAUACUGGAGGCGGUCAAACAAAACGCAGACAAGUCGACGAUGAGUUCCUGCCUUGAAGAACUCACAUUCAGUGCAGAGAGAACAGAAACAUUCUAUAGCACAUAUCAGAAACAUAAAAAAGAAGUGGGACGCCUGUUAGAAAGCAUAGGAAGGAGACCACCUCAGAUUAACGACGUUUCUUGGCGUCUACAAUACCACAUGAAGAACGGACAGGUCGAUAAGGUCAACGAGCCUUUCUACCUGCUUUCACUGAACACCGAGAACGAAGGAUCAUCUGAAGAUAUCAGCUUCACCUGCACGAUGGAGCAGCUACAGGAUUUGGUGGGGAAGUUGAAAGACGCUGCCAAGAGUGUGGAGAAAGCCAGUCAGAUGUGAUGCCGGUGUCCAGUUUCCUCUCCGUUUCCUCUGCACCACAGAGCUCUGAGCUUCCCAACCGGCGUCCAGCGGCACCUCUCCGUUCUCUGUUUACAGCUUCUUUUGUACCUGAGAUUGACACGACACGUAUGAGACACUUUACCAUUCCAACGUCUGUUUCCCAAUUAAAACAGAAAAAUAAAAUCCAA